CCUCCAGCCUGCCUGCCUGUGUGUUUAGCUUGGAGUAUUGUCGGAGUAGAAGUCAAAACCCUGCCACAGUUUCCUGCCAACACUGGUAAGUGUAGCUUGUCCAUACCUGUCGUUUGUUUUCACUAGCAUCAGCUGAUUCAGAGCUGGUUGGAUCACAGUUGUGGCAAUUGUGUUUGCUUUCUGAAACCCGGGAUUGACACCUAUGGUGUUGGUUAUUCCAGUGCUCCAGCAACGCCAGUGCUGAGGCCUCGGUCUAUCUCUACUCUCUCUGGCUGACUGGCUGGCUGGCUGCUUUGCUGCCUGGGAGUAUUGGCAAUCCUAGUGCCCCACGCUGGUAACACGUUGGUGCUGGUGUGGAAAGGCCUCCAGUAGUCUUCAUUUCCGCUCUACUGCUUGCCCGCUUGGCUGGCUGGCUGGCUGGCUGGCUAGCUGGCUCACAGGGUUGGACUAAAAGGACUAAACCUCUGGCGUUGUUGUGUGUGCUGCCUAGUGCCUAAGACAGGGCAUCUGCCCAGAGCAUCCAGGAAACCAGGAGGGCACCUCAGCGAUGGAUCUGACGCUGUGGCAGUACCAGUUCCGCAUCAUCAUGCUGGGCGACUCCACGGUGGGCAAGUCCUCCAUGCUGAAGCGCUACACGGAGGACGUCUUCAUGGAGUGCCUCAACCAGACGGUGGGCGUGGACUUCUACGUCCACUUCCUGGAGGUGGAGCCUGGCGUCCGGGUCAAGCUGCAGUUCUGGGACACGGCCGGGCAGGAGCGGUUCAGGUCCGUGACCCGCUCCUACUACCGUAACUCGGUGGGUGGCCUGCUGGUAUUCGACCUGGCUAAACGGGCCACCUUCGAGCACAUCCAGGAGUGGCACCAGGAGGUGCGCGAACAUGUGCAGCCCCACCCCGCCCUCCUGGUGCUGGUGGGUCACAAGAGCGACUGUGACGAGUCCGACCAGCGCGCCGUCUCCCGGGAGGAGGCCGAGAAUCUGGCGGGCAGGCUGGGCAUGCCCUACGUGGAGGCCUCGUCCAAGACGGGAGACAACAUCGCCGCCGCCUUCGAGCUGGUGACGCGUCGCAUCUACCAGGGCCUGCUGAGCGGCGAGGUGGAGAUCCGCGACGGCUGGGACGGGGUCAAGAGUUCGGCGCCCCGGCAACAGCCCUCGCAGCUGGCUCGCACGGCAUCGGCGGAGAGAGAGGAGAAGAAGUGUGCCUGCUAGGAUGCUGGAGCAAAGAUGGUUGACGUGGAUGGAUAUGGCAAGAUGGUUUUAUGGCUUUUUACAUCAGGCCUAAGGGAGAGAAGUGGAGAUCACUUCCAGGAAAGUGAUGUUUGCCUGUUAGGCUUGAAACUGACUGGCCACAUCGGGAGAAAGAGCUUGCAGGUGGCUGUGCCAAAAAUGAAAAGGAAAAAAUAAUUUCAAAUGGGACAAUUCAGACCAAAAACUGGAAGAAUAAUUGCUAUCCCUUGCCACCCUGGGAGAGAUGGACAGACCUGUACUGUUUACUUGUUUUGUAUGUCUGCAAGAACUUUCCAGGGGAAAAAAAAAACUUAAGGGAUAAAACUUAGCUUGAAGAUUGACGUUCAGGUUAAUAGGGUCAAGUUCAAGGUGACUAACUCCUAAAUAGAGGGUGGGAUUUGUGCCAGCUCAGCAGGGAAGCUGAAAGGAGGGAACAAAGGGGUCAGUUGUACUGGGCACAGGUUUCCUGGUGAACCAGUAGCCUGUAAUUAACAGGUUUGUGUAGCCCAGCCCCCUGGGCGUCAACACAUAGCUUCUGGUUCACCAGGAAAGGGCACAGGGACAGGGGAGCACAGAAUUGGGUUCUCAUUGCAUUAUACAGUAUGUAGUUGUGGCCCUUUCACAUGACUCUGCCCCAGGUCAUUUCAAAUCUGUCAGCGACCCUGCUGCUCAGCACUACUUGUUUACAGUACGUAACAGGGACAGCAGUCUUAUGAAUGAUUAUGUAGCACUAAAGACCAAAGAGCUUUUUGUAUUGCUGGGAGCAGGAGUUAAACUGUAUGAAAGCUACUUCUCAAACUUACAAGUAAACGUGGUGAAUAAGACAAAACAACAUGUUAUUUCAUUGAAACUUUUUAUUUAUUUAUUUAUGGAAAACAAAAAUCAAACACAGGUUAUACUGAAACAUUGUGACAAAGUCAAAAAAUGUAAUCAAAUGUCGAAAAAAAAGCAAUCUUCCCCAUUUGAACCCCGUUCCAGUGCAUUGCCCUGUCUCACUCACACACCCAUACACGCAGUCUCUCACACACAGAAAACCAAGUGGUGAUACAGGCAAGGCCCCCUCCCUCUUCUAACAAUUUCUUCUGAAAAAAAAAACAAAAACAAA